GAACUACAAACUCAAUUAAUCACAAUUUACUACUAAGUACUUCAUUAAACCAUCUGCACAAGAAAAAACCACAUAAUACAACAACCAAACAUAUAACACUACGAAAACUGAGAAAGACAACAGAAACAAGAAGAAUGAUGAGCAAAAAAAAGCUAAAAAUUCUUGUUUCUCUCUUUGCUCUAAAUUCAAUAACUCUAUAUCUCUACUUCUCUUCACACCCAGAUCAUUUCCGUCACAAAAAAUAUCCUCAAAACCACUCCCCCAUCACCCAAAACCACUUUUCUUCAUCGGAAAACCGCUUUUACCCAUCGGAAAACCACCAAAAUUCCAAACCAUGGCCUAUAUUACCUUCCUAUCUUCCUUGGUCACAAAACCCAAACACCCCUUAUCGAUCUUGUGAAGGUUACUUUGGAAAUGGGUUCAGUAAAAAAAUCGAUCUUCUCAAGAACUCGCCGGCGCUUCACCGGAGCUUCGACGGAGCUUCACCGGAGCUUCGCCGGAGCUUAGGUGGAGGGUGGUUUAGGUGUUUCUUUAGUGAGACAUUGCAGAGUUCGAUAUGUGAAGGAGGUGCUGUAAAGAUGAAUUCGGAGAGAAUUUCGAUGUCUCGUGGUGGUGAGAAAUUGGAUACGGUUAUCGGUAGAGGAGAAGAUGAGGAAUUACCUGUUUUUAAAGAGGGUGCUUUUGAGAUAUUGGUUAAUGAUAGGAAGAAAAUUGGGAAAAAAUUGAGUGAUGAGGAGUUCUUGAGUAAAUAUUUACCUGAAGGUGCGAUAUCGAGGCAUACUAUGAGGGAGUUAGUUGAUUCGAUUCGGUUGGUUGGUGCUGAUGAAUUUCACUGUUCUGAGUGGAUUGAGGAGCCAUCACUUUUGAUUACACGAUUUGAGUAUGCAAACCUUUUCCACACAGUUACUGAUUGGUAUAGUGCAUACGCGGCAUCUAGAGUUACUGGUUUGCCCAGCCGGCCACAUUUGGUUUUUGUAGAUGGCCAUUGUGAGACACAAUUGGAGGAAACAUGGAGAGCAUUGUUUUCAAGCCUCACUUAUGCUAAAAACUUUAGUGGUCCGGUUUGUUUCCGCCAUGCUAUCCUCUCACCUUUGGGAUAUGAAACUGCCCUAUUUAAGGGACUGACAGAACACAUAGAUUGUAGUGGAGCUUCUGCCCAUGAUUUGUGGCAAAAUCCCGAUGACAAAAAAACUGCACGGUUAUCCGAGUUUGGGGAGAUGAUCAGAGCAGCCUUUGGAUUUCCUGUGGAUAGACAGAACAUCCCGAGAACAGCCACAGGCCCUAAUGUCCUCUUUGUUAGACGUGAGGAUUAUUUAGCUCAUCCACGUCAUGGUGGAAAGGUCCAGUCUAGGCUUAGCAAUGAACAACAAGUAUUUGAUUCCAUAAAAAGCUGGGCCGGGAACCACACAGGGUGCAAAUUAAAUGUGAUUAACGGAUUAUUCGCACACAUGUCCAUGAAAGAGCAAGUUCGAGCAAUCCAAGAUGCUUCUGUAAUUGUUGGUGCUCAUGGAGCAGGUCUAACUCACAUUGUUUCUGCAGCACCAAAAGCUGUAAUACUAGAAAUUAUAAGCAGCGAAUAUAGGCGUCCCCAUUUUGCUCUGAUUGCACAAUGGAAAGGAUUGGAGUACCAUCCCAUUUAUUUGCAGGGGGGACAUGCAGACCCACCAGUCGUGAUCGACGAGCUCAGCAGCAUUUUGAAGAGUCUUGGGUGCUAAAUCUGCUUUAACAGUUUGAAUAGUUCGGCUUAACUUGGAGCCUGAGAAUCGUGUAAAAUAUGUUUUCGGAAUCUACUAACUUAUUAGCCCACUCGGUUAUGGACUAUCAGAGCGGUCGUAUCACGGAAGUAUGGAGUACUGAUUGUGAAAUGGUGAACUCAUUGAAGAGCAUAUUCUUUAUGGUGCUGAAAGAUAACAAUUCACAAGUGCACCUUCGUAUGUGAAAUAUUAGGUUUGGUACACACUUCCUUACAAUUCUUUGUCAAAUUGUUUUCCAUUAUUAUUAUUUUCUUGUUCUGGGAAGCGGCAGAUUAACAAACAUGUUGAAGUAGCAGAUCAACAACAAUGUCCAUGUGGGGUUCAUGUUCAGUGAACAUAUGGUUGUAAGUUGUAACCAAACAAAUGAACUGAGAAUUUGAACGAAGAUUUUCGCAUA